AUGGGCAACGAGCAGAGCAGCCAGAAGGGCGCCCACUUCCGCAGCAGCGACAAGGACAAGGACAAGCAGGGCCAUGUCGCUUCCCGCGAUGCGACUCCCCCGCAACCAGCGCCUGUACCCGAUGCAGCGCCCAUUGACCCAGCGCCCUCGACAGAAACCUCACCCCUUGCGCCCUCGCCCACCGCCCCCGUCGACGUCCCCUCCACCCUCGCAGCAAGCUCCUCCCCACCCCUCUCCUCCGCCAUCCCCUCCUCCCUCGACCCAGCCUCCGCCUCCGACUACCUGCCCCCAGCAUCCCAAUUCUCGCGCCCCCCGCGCCUGCCCCUCCCCAUAGAAGAAGAAGUACACACCCCCGGCAGCCCCAUCAUCUCGCCCCAGGAGAUAUGGACGCCUGUCCACGAGAGCGACGCCGAUGGCAUGUUGCCGCGCAGAAGCUCUAUGCUGAGUACGACGACGGCGGAUGAUGAGGAUCUAGGAGAGGAGUUCAAGGGGCCUGGGCAGGGGAGGCCGACUGUGCCGACGCUGAUUGAGUGGGAGGGGAGUGGGGAGAGGGUUUAUGUUACGGGGACGUUUGCGGGGUGGAACCGGAAAUAUAAGUUGCAUAGGAACGGCCCCAGCAAGAAGAAAGAUGCCCUCUCCGCCUACGUCUCCGUCACGCCAGGAACCCACCACCUCACCUUCCUCGUCGACAACGACAUGCGCACAAGCGACAAGCUCCCCACCGCCGUAGACUACACCAACAUCCUCGUAAACUACAUCGAAGUCCCCUACCCAGAACUCACCCCCCUCCCCGCCAGCCCCCCAGCAAAAGACGCCGCCGCAGCCACCGACCCCCUCGAUGCCGCAACCCCCGUCCAAGAACGCGAAGCCCCAGCCGGCAU